AUGUUAACAAAAAGUGCAAAAGGCGACCAAUUGCAUUAAACCAUUACUACAAUAAAUUAUAAAUCGAUAAUCACAUCAGAGAAAAGAUCAGGUGAGAUUCCAUAAUACAUGAACAGUAAAUGUAAAAUAAAACUGCGCAAGGAAAAACUUUACUUGCCCUAUCUACACACAAGAGAACCCUCUCUCCCAACCUUGAAAUCGCCUGCUAAUAAACAGCAACAACUAAACAGCAUGAGUUGGAUAUCAUUAAUUUAAGUCUAAAAUAAGCCAAGAGAUAGGUCCAUUUCAAUCGCCAAUGAGACUUAUUUCCAAAGAACUAGAUAAGUGAGUUUCUUAGAGAAUCUAUUAAAACAACUAAAUAAAAAUAAAAGAUAAUCUUGAAUUUUGAUAAAUACAUAUGACUUUGUAAAAAGUGUUUCUGUUA